CACAAACUUCUGCCGGUCCGCUCCACGCCAUUACCAGUCGACAGCUCCGACGGUUCCAUAUUUCUGGCACGUGUUCCCGGGAGAAUACACGCUUGUUAUGUAGAACGAUCCGAAAUGCCUCGGCCGUGCCGGGAGACUUACGGGGAUCAGAAGCCUCCCUACUCGUACAUAUCUCUGACAGCGAUGGCCAUAUGGAGUUCGCCGGACAAGAUGCUACCCCUCGCCGAUAUCUACAGGUUCAUCAGCGAAAGAUUCCCCUAUUACAGGAACAACACCCAAAGAUGGCAGAACUCUCUCAGGCACAAUCUUUCGUUCAACGACUGCUUCGUCAAGAUACCUAGGAGGCCGGACAGGCCUGGGAAAGGCGCCUACUGGACUCUCCAUCCCGCCGCGUUGGACAUGUUCGAGAACGGCUCGUUCCUGAGGCGGAGGAAGAGGUUCAAACUGCCCAAGCCGAAAGAGCUGGAGGCGGCUUGCAAGGCGGCGGAAGAGGCGGCCCGGCCCAAGCCUCCUCCGAGUAAAUCCUUCAGCAUAGAGAGCAUCAUGUCGGACAAAAGGACGCCCGAACGCCACCCUCAAGCGCUGCCGGCACCGGCGUCGAUCGCUUCCAUGGAACCGCGGCUUCCGCCUCCGCUGCCGCCCCCGCUCGCCGCCCCCGAGAGCUACGACACCGCGGCCGCCGCAGCAGCAGCCGCCGCCGCCACACUCUACGCCGCCGCCCUCCACCGGCUCCUGCCGCCUCCUCCCUAUCUUCCGAUACCGCACCUUCCACCCACCACGAGCGGAGGAAGUCUACUUUCACUCGCACCACCGUUGCAGAUUCCUAAUUUGCAACAUCCUCCGAACACAUUUGGAUCAUAAAAUCCAUGUUGAUGUAAUAUUCCCACAGUGAACAGAGAUUUUCCUUUCCUGGCCUGUUUCCUUUCGGUUGAAAUUGGAAUUUUUGGACAGUUUUAUUUAACAGCUUUUAUUUUUAUUUCUUUAAAGGAGAAAAUAAGUGGAAAGAAUUGUUUCAGCCAAGUCUACAGUGGCAAUUAAAAUGCAUAGUAAUUAUCAGGACAAUGUCAUUUGGAUAAGAUCUACUUCACAUCUGUCAGCACCCCGGCUUUUCCCCUGUGUCUUGCGUCCAAAGAAGAUCCCACGACGAGACUUUUUUUUAUUUGUUUUGUUCCUUUUUUUGUAAUACCUAUGUUCUGCCAGCAGUUCCUACUACUAUAUCUGCUUGAUUAAAUAUACAAAAAUGUAAUUAA